CUCUCAGUGAGGAGGAAGGUGCGGGGCACCGGGGCACCGGGACGCUGUUACUCGGAGCCGUGCUGCUCUUCACCCGCUGCUGCAGGAAGGACGAUGUAGCUUUCACUGUCAGGACUCCUGGAGCUCCAGGGCUGCUGUGCUUUUAGGGCAUUUAUUAUUUUAUUUAUUUUUGACCAAAGCUGGAUGUUAGGCUGAAAGCGGUUUAGGGGAAACACGAGUUAGUAGCUCUCCUAGCAGAUUUAGAGAUAAAUGAAAUAAGCAGAUAGCACCGGAGGCUGAGGCUGAGUGUGUAACCACGGGGCAGAUCUGGAGGAGCCGGAGGACGGAACCGAGUCGCUAGUUAGUUAGCUGUAGUUAAUGUUAAAGCUAAUACUUGAGUGACUACUCUGGUUAUGAGAACUUCUCUAGCUGUCACUUCUCUAGUUGUUGUAGCCGGUUAGCAAAAAAACCCAGUUAGCUGGAUGCGACCCAUUAUAGGAGAUAGCUAACUAAAUUAGCUAGCCAGGUUUCUAUGAUUAGUAAAGCGCAUUUUUAAUUAGCUAAUGAGACAUUGUUUCUCAGAAAUAGUGAGUUUACUCGUCAGUUUAUUUUACUAAUAUAUAUAUUUAUAUUUAUGUAUUUAGCUAAUUACAGUUAUGUUUUCCCUGCUGCGGAAACUGACUGUCCUUUUUUUGUUCAGAAUAGCUAGCUAGUUAGCUAAUCAUGCCAGAUACUGUUGCUAAGAUAACAAUAAAACCAAACUGUUACAGCUGAAGUUAUUUUCUUAUCUUAUCUCUAUUUAUCUUUUCAUUGUGCUUUAGCACAGGCAUAUGUUUAAUAACGCUGGUAUAUAAUGUAACGACUAGCUUGCAUUAGUAUUAGCGUUAGCAUUAGCAAACCACCGGACUUCACGGCACUUAAUUCGGACCAACCUCUCCAAUAAACCUGUUGUUUUUUUUUCUUCUUUUUUUGGACCUGGUUGAUUUAAUAAUAUUUAACUUCAGACCACUGAAGUCAAGCAAAAACAAGAGCUUCAAACAGUGAGUAUAUACUGCUAGCUGGCUAAUGGAGUUUGCUGUAGCUAAUGCUAGCAGGUUAUGAUUCGUUACCUAGCGUUACCUAGCAACUUGGCUUGUUUUUCAUUCCCGGUUCACCUGUUUGUUUUUUAUAAUGUUUUUUUUGUCGUUAUUUAUUUGUUUUAGAAUUUAACUGCUAUUUAAAUGGGAGUACAUUUUGCUUGUAUAUGUAUAUAUAGUAGUGUUUUAAGGAAUAGCACAGCUAGCUAACAGUUUGCGUCCUUUAACUUUGCGCUAAUUAGCUUGUUUAAAUGCUAGUUUAAACGGAACAUGAGUUAUUUGGUGUAAUUUAUUACUCUAUUUUAAAUAACCGUUAUUUUUUAAAAUCAUUUAUUUGCUUGCUUUUGUUAGAGCCUGUACUGGUUUAGGUAAGGUGCUAGCUGAGCUAGCUGUGCUAUUUUUACAGUAGGAUAUGUAGGUGAUCUGUAGGAUUGGGUUUGUACACGUUGUACACAGUGAAUAUCAGCCUUCUGGGGUUGGGGAUUGGGCUGAGGAUAAAUAUUAACGGUUAAACAGUGAAAGAUUGACCAUCUUUAAGACAGAUCCAGUCUUGUUUCAAAGCCUGGAUGUUGAUCAUUGUGUAGAUGUUUGUGUAUGUUUAUUUGUGAGCCGAUGCUGUAUGCAUGAACUCUCAGUCAGAUAAGGGUCAUGAGGUAAGACACAAAAACAAAGACACAUUGCUUUUCAAAUGCAUCUAACACACAUCCAGAGUUGCUUAUGACUAUAUCUUUAACUCAGGAUGAUUAUAAUGGUCUCUGGUCUAGGAUAUAGCUUGAUGUAUUUUAUUUUAAGCCACUCAUGUGUUAAAGUUCUCCAGUGUUUUACAGCUAUACACUUGUUCAGUGUAAUUACCACUAUUUUAGUGUAACCUCCUCCAUGCUUUGACCUAUACAUCCAUGCAUUUUUAAAAAGCAUGUGUGUGCAUGAAGUGAAUGUGACGUUUCAGUUCAGAUCUUAAUGCACACCGUUUCAUAUGAAAGGAUCCAUGAAAGGAUAGAAAUGGAAGUGGGUUGGCUUGUAUUGUAGUCUGUUAAACACACGGUAGUGUGCAGGUAUGAUGAAUUCUUGAUUUUGUUGAGUCAGAAGGUGUUGAUUCGUCUCCUAUAACAGCAGCUCGGACAGGAGCAGGAGUCGUUCUAUAGUAACAGCUCAUUUACAGGGACUUGUAUAGCAGAUGCUCCACAUUACAGAUUAAAAACUGUUGUCAUUUAACAAAGAAAAAUCUAUAAUCUUUGAUGGGGUGAAACGUUCCGGCUUUCCUGGUAACGUGACACGGUGGAUUUUUUUUUUUUAAUCUUGUUAUCUGCAAGAGAGGUUGGUGAGAGAACGACUGUUUAUAGCUGCUAUAAGGUACGUGAGAACAGGAAGAAUAGGUUAGCUGGCAUCACGUGUCUGAGGAGCCAUGUGUUAGUUAGCCUUGACGUCUUGCGCUGCGUUCGUGGUGUCUUGUAAAGGGUCAUUUGCAAGUUGUCAUGUUGUCGACUCGGCAUGUUCAACGUGCGAAGUGUGAAAAAAACAUGGACGCCUGCAGGAAAGUGUGUCUUUUGUUUGCUCUGUAAGAGAGUGUAAAGCUCAUAAAAAGCUACUUAAAACUCACUUUUACAGUUACAGACCUGAGUGGUAUUGAUUCUGUUCUUCUAUAGUGACCUUCAAACAUUCAUGCAACAUUUUGGACUGAAAUUGCAGCAGAGAAAGAACAGCAGACAGUAGUGAGUAGCGUUAGUUAUAUGAUCAAUAACUCUAAUGUUAAUGAUUAGUAUGGUCAGUGUUAUAGAUUCAUUUAUUAGCAAUUUCUGCUAUAAACUCAUUUAAAAGUAGAGACGGGGGACUUUACACUGUUCAGUGUGCGUGGCAAUGUUGAUUUUAUGUAAUUUCCUGAACGGGGAAGGAACUGGUAGUUGAGAAGUUCACCCCAAGUUAACGAGUUGAAAUCUCAAGUUAGGGGGCGUUUUCUGUGGCUUUUACUGGCUGGAGGCAGAAAAUUACAAGGUGAAACCUCAAUAGAGCAGAGCUGGGUGCUGGGUGGGAAUUGGCAGGAGACCAAAUUAGAGGGGAAAAAUAAUAUAUAAAUAAGAAUUAACAAGUAGCUUUACUACUGUGAUGGGUUGGCACCCCGUCCAGGGUGUCCCCUGCCUUGUGCCCCGAGGCUCCUGGGAUAGGCUCCAGGCUCCCCGCAGCCUUGUGUAGGAUAAGCGGUACAGAAGAUGGAUGGACGGAUGGAAGUAGAUUUACUAAAAACUGUGAUAUAAGAUUGUAUGGUUGUCAUACAACGAGUUUUUAAUACUGUCCCAGCCCUAUAUCACAUACAGUAAUAACAUGUAGGGUGAAAUACGUAAUCUUUAAACCGAUGCCACAUGCAGGAAUAUAUAUGUUCAACACACAGUACUACAUAAAGUGUAAUUAGAAAGUAAGCACAUGCUACCACAUACAACACUAACAUAUUAGACUAGAUGGUGUAGUUCAUUCAUCUGGCAUGAGCACUACAGUUUAAUUAAUAAUAACACUUAAAUAACUAGGAUAACUUGAUAGCAGCGUGCACUAAAUUUCAAUAUUUUUUUUAGCUCAUUUUAUUAAGGCUUUCAUUGAUUACUUUUAAGAUCCACAAACGUUCAAUGGCAGUCAAACUCUUUUGUUCCUGUCUGUUUUAUUUUUUGCUAAAAAAAUGAAUUUCUCAUGGGUAUUGUACUACAUACUACUUUGACCUACUAAUAUCGGCAGCGGACAUAACCUGGUUAAUUCAGCGUAGCCUAAUUGGUGUUUAUUUUUAAAACUUGUUCUCACUUCAGAAUCUUUUACCAUAACCAACUAAAGGGUAAUGGAACAGACCGAGCGUCUCCAAAAGGAUUUAGAAACUGGACAACUGCCAUAAACUCGCAAUGACACUGCAAGGAUACGCUGUGAAGACCUCAGAGGAGUGGAGCUCAGAGAGGAAACACUGAGCUUAAGUUGAACACAUGUAAAACAGACUUUUUUUUCUAGACCAACUUCAUACCCUGUUUAUUGUAAGAAUGUGUGAUGAGUAUUUUUUAUUAUCAGAAUUUUUCUGAUUGGUUCUGUUUUGGAUUUUACUGUGUUGUGUUAGGUGAACUGGUUAUUUUGGCUGUUCAGCAGUAGAAAUGACACUUUCAAAAGACUACAUGUAAAUAUAUAUAUAUUUUUUUGAAAAAACAUAGGAUAAAUUGGUUACUUUUCUAUAACAAUAGGGGCAAAGCUGUCAGUAGUUUAGCUUUGACAGUAGUUUAGCUCUUGCAUCCAGACAGCAAAUAACAUUACCACAGGAGGAAUGAGUUUCUAGCAAGUUGUAUUUUCCACGAAACCAUAUUCUGUGUCUCAGGAAGUGUUUAAUAUCUGGGGGAGGGUCACAAAUAAAAGAGGGCUAUAAACAGAUUUUUCAAAGGUUGUCGUAAUUGUUGAUUUGGUCAGUUUUCUGUGUAAUUUUUUUCCCCCUGUAUUUUUGGAAGGAGUCUCCAGUGUUAGUGCUUUGUGACAGUCAGUACACCGCAAACAGUUUUCCAUCAUAAUGUAAGUGAUAACAGGAACUAACUUGUUUCACGGAUCUUGGCAAGUUCUUGUGGUGUAAGAGGAAUGAAACACUUCGGGAUGUUCUGCUAUAAGAGACUCCGGGGAGGUAACAGUAACUCCACUUUGUGUCGCACAACUCCAUCAUGUUUUCCAAGAGAAUCUUUAAUGGUAUUAUCUGACAGGUUGUCAAAUAAUUUCAUGACAGUUUUAUUCGCAUCAGCUUGUAUAGUGUGAAGUGCAAUAAACUUACUGCUCGUGUUAUCGUAUAGUGUGAAGCAGCCAUUUGCUGACAUUUUACUGUAGAAGAAUAUGACCUAAUAUAAAGACAGAAAAAACACGUGCUUUCUUUUUAACCAAAACGUAUGAGGUAAUUCCUAAUUCCUAAUCAGAUGUAUGGAGGUACAUUGGUCACUGAUUAUCCUGCUAGUUUAAACUGUGAGCGUUUGCAUCCUGUCUAUCAUCAUGUCCACGCCGCUUAAACCUUUGUGUCAUAGAGCCAUGACAUGGAUGGUGAAAGUGGACCUUGGUGAACUCUUUUACACUGGCCGGAUGACUAGCAUGCUGAGAAUAUUCAUCCUCUCACUGGUGUCAGUGCCUCCACACCCCACCCUUUUUUUUUCUUACUGUCUUACUACCAGCUACCAUGGACAUGGCCAUUGGCAGGACUGUGGCUGCCAAUCUGUUAAGGCCAGGGGUGUGUAGCAAGUAUUUCCCAGAGCCCUCUGUUUUCAUUUGUUCUCCUUUCGUGGACGAGAUGACCUUCAUGCUUCAGGUCUUGGCUGUGAUUCUCUUCAGCGUCACGCAUAGCUGUUGAAACAGUCACUUGAUAGCAGCCGUGUACUCGUUGGCUUCUUGGCCACCACUGCUGUUAUUGUGCCUCUUCAGUGCUGAGGCAGCAUAAGUCUGUUUGUAGUCAUUUGUUGAUUUGUCUCAGGUUUAUGACAGUGUGUUUUGAUGAGGGAUCAGCAGUGAUACAGGCAGCUAAAGAAUAAUUUGUGAAAAAUGUUUUAUGUGUAAUUCCCUUAAUUUUAAUCUUUAAUUGAAGUGUAUUGAUUUUAAGAAGGUAAAAAAACUAUAAACCAAAGAUCUCUCUCGUCCUCAUCUGUAGAGUCUUCUCAAACAGAUAAAGUUCCAUACCUUCAACUUUCUUGCUAACUUCGCCAUCAACACCAUCGCACUCGUAGAUCCCGUAGAUAACUAGCCAAGCUGAGUCUCUGCCAUAACUGGAAAAUGGUGAGUGAGUUUUUUGUUUUCAGGAGCACAGUGAAACCUGAUUGUUAUCACAAAUCAUUGAAAUCUCACUGGCAAUGUCCCCUUACCGGUAACUUAUCUGAGUAACGAAAAUACAGCAUCACACGAGAAAGUAGCACCACAAUCACUAAACACAUUACAAAUAUUUCACCAUAAACAUAUUUAAUGUGUCUCAAGGUGGAGUGUUUCUUUAAUCUUAUAAUCAAUCCAACUUGAAGCACACAUGAAUAUAACUGAUACUGCACAGAUACUGUCUUACAGAUAAUUUUACCAUGAUUUUAUUGACAUCAAGCACUGAGUCGUCUUCUAUAAUGUUUAAUGAGACUCGAGACAUGAAGACAUUUUUCAUCAACCAUCUUUAACGAGAGGGCCAAUAAUUCUGGAGCUGAGUCUACGGGAACAUGACAUAGAAAGCAAUGUCAGCAGUGGUGAAGAAUUGCAGAUGGAUCCCUACAUGACUACAUACCUCAAAUCCCAGUGUUUAGACCAAAUAUUUUCCUCCAACAAUGAAUGAAUGUUUGAAGCCAGCAGUGUUACAUAAUGUAAUGUCUUCCAUAUUUGCAUACCUGCUUAAUCCUCUGUUCUUUUCAGAGUUAUCCUCAGUGUUUAAAAUCUGCUAUGGGUUUAAGUUUAAGCAGACCAGGGUUUCCUUGCUCUUAUUGUUGUCUGGAUUUACAACAUCCAACUAUUUCAUCUGAGCCAUUUGGAAAAAAAAUGUUUUGCAGGAAGUCAUUAAGCAUCUACUCUACAUAUCCACAGGAAUGCGUGAUUGCAUGUUUGGGCUUUUGGAACAAGAAUGCGUUUCGGAAAUUGAUUGGCUUUUUGGUGGAUCAGCUUCUCUAAAUCUUCCUGACAGGCUGUGGUUAGGUUGUAAGCGAGGGAAGUGGUGAUUGAUUCCACGUUGUUUACCACUUGUUAAAUGUGUCUUGUGGUCUUGUGUUUAUUUAGGGGUCGUACGUGGACGUUGACUCGUGUGGUAACCGCUGAUUGCAGUCAAAUGGCUUUAGCACAACCUUGAGCGCUCACACCUGACAGCGUUCAUCCUGUGUGAGAGCUUUUCUCUUAAACUUAAAUGAUCUCUUCUUUAUAGGUUUUAAACAAUUUCCUCCUAACACCAAAUGUAGUCGAGCGGUUAACUGAUCUGGCUUUUCAGGUUUGCCUUUUUUUUUGGCACUGGAAAUAAAGGGAUAGGCAGCAUGGUGGUACAAAGGGUAGCACUGCUGCUUCAUGACUCCGGGUCCCUGGUUCGGCCCUGGGAUCAGGUUACUGUCUCUGAUGAGUUUUACAUGUUCUCCCUGUAUUUUCAUGGGAUUCCUCUGGGUUCCAGGGUUCCUCGGUUCCUCUGUAUUCCCCGGAACACUAAACUGCGUCUAUGUGUGAAUGAGCAUGUGCAAGGUGCCCUGCUAUGGAGUGGCACCCAGGCUGUAAUCCCACCUCACGUCCAAUAUUCCCGGGACAGGCUCCGGAGCCACCUUGACCCUGAUCAGGAUAAAGUCCUCACUGAAGAUGAGUGGAAAUGGACAAUUGGCAUUUUUACCAUUUGAUUUAGACAUUUGAAGGUGCAAGUGAUUUUUGUGCUGGAAGUCUUUUAUGAAAUGUCUCUAUCAGCCUUCCACAUCUGGAUCCUGAUAUUUUUGUUUAUUCUUCUUGGCAAAUCACUUAGGUGCUGUCAGACUGGGUGGAGACCGUUAAUGAAGAACAAUUUUCAAUUCUUGCCACAGAUUCUCAAUCAGAUUGAGGUCUGAGCUUUGACUGGGCCAUUCUAACACAUUCUGUUUCUUGGAUUUGAGCCACACUAGUGAAGCUUUGGCAGUAUGCUUAGGAUCGUUGUCCUGUUAGCAGGUGAACUUCUGCCCCAGUCUCAAGUCCAGUGCCCUGUACUUCCCUCAUGGAAGUAAAGGGAAGCUGCCUCAAUCCACAUGAAAUUGUUAGUGUCAGAAACCCCAUAAUCAGCAUUUAUGUAUACAGAAACAUGUCCCACAGCUGAAAACAGUGGUAGCAGAAAUCUUGAAGCCAGAUUACUUACUUUCUCAAGUGAUUAUCACACUGUGUGAGCAUCAGACUCAGGCCAAAGUCUGAACACGGAAUUGUGGAAGGCAUUUGGAUGGAAGUACCUACUUUGGUUGGUGUAAUAGUUUUUAAUGCAGACUUAUUUUGCUAUUUUAAGAAACCAUUUAUAUACUAAUGGUGGUACUUAGCCAAAUGGUGUAUUGCAUAUUGAGGUGCAUGUGAUCAUUUAGGUGUGCACUUUGCUGGUGCGCCUCGUAGCGCAACAUUUGGGGUAAGUCAAAUAUUGUAAGCAUUUCCUAAUUAAGCAAUAUCCUCCAAAUAUACCAUAUCUGAUUUAUUUUCUGAUUGACCAACAAUAUACAACUUUUUUUGGCUUCAUCCUUGGGUAUGAACAGAAUCAAAGCUUCCUUGGGUUAAUUUUUCAGCCCAUGUUUUUGAGUGGCUGAAGGUGUUUGCUCAUGUCUUUUGCAAAUGGAAAAGAGAUUUUAAAAAAAUGCACUUAGUGAUCUCCCCAUCUGACCGACUAUUGCUCCCUUUGACCGCUUUGAUGGCACCCCGAUUUGCACUUCAUCCCUUGAUCGUCAGGACUAUAUUUAGCUCUAUAAUGCUGCAUAGCUGGUAAUCAGAGAGGAGCUCCAAAGUGGCUCAUAGACUCUAAUCUAACAUCCCUGCCUGCAAACAGAACGGUCACCACAGGAAAGAGGCUUAGAGAGCUCAUCUGAGUCCUGCUUGUGUCCGUCUCACGACUUCAUUCAGUCUGAGCCCCUGCUUUCCUUUUCCCCUCCCUUUGUGUAGACCACUCCCUCUGUUAGUCUGUUCGAGCAGUCAGUGCAGCCGCUGGAACUCUCAGCUGCACUUUCCCUGUCCGCUGAGGACUGAGGAGUGGCCUGCAUUGCAAGGGCCUUAACUUUGUGUUGUAGAGAUCUGAACCGAGAGGGCUUUUUAAGAUAAUUUAGCACCAGUGUUAUAGGAUCCCUCCUGAAAGCCAUCUCACACGCACAGCCUUGCUCGCAGCAAGCCUUAAAUUACCCUUCUUAUUCGUUAGACGAGAAGCAAGUAGCCAGUGUUGGCAAACCACGCUGGACUGUGGUGUACAGCGUCCCACUGCAUCCUCACUGGAGGAACGAGAGUGCAAUGUUUGGGAAAGCCUGCAGCUGGAUUUAACCACGCACCCUGAGGCAGCGGUAAGGGCGUGUCCCAGCGCUCUUGGCGCCGGGAUCGAUUGGCUGGCGGGCGUGGCCGGCGGGCUGGCUCCUCCCCCUCCCGGCGGCAGCGUGCGCUCCCAGCCGCCGCCCCCGUGUGCCCCGCGCUCGCCCGGCUUGCGCGCCCGAGCCCAUGCCCCCAGCACCACGCGGCCGGUCAGCGCCAUGUGCGUCCCGCACACCAUGGAGACGGGCAAACACCACAAUGCAUCGGACACAGGCCAGGGUCAGGGGCAAGGACAUGGCGGGCGUGGUGGAGGGGUGCCGCUCGAACCCUUUGUCCACCAGGUGGGCGGCCAUACCAGCAUGAUGCGCUAUGAUGACCACACCGUCUGCAAGCCACUCAUCAGCCGCGAGCAGCGCUUUUAUGAGUCUCUGCCGCCUGAGAUGAAGGAGUUUACACCAGAAUACAAAGGAGUGGUCCUGGUGUGUUUUGAGGGCGACAUGGAUGGCUACAUUAACCUAGUGGCGUACCCUUAUGUGGAGAGCGAAGGACUGGACCACGAAGAGCUGCCUGAGAGGGACCAACCGCGGCGGAAACACUCGCGCCGCAGCCUGCAUCGCUCCAGCAGUGACCAUAAAGAGGAAAGAGCGGCCCACGAAAGUGACACCAAUGACACUCUGCAAGAGCUGAAGAGUCCACGUUUGGACUUGCAGAUCUGCUCUGACGUGCCCUUCCAAAUGCUGGAUGGCAACAGUGGCCUGAGCUCAGAAAAGAUCAGCCACAACCCCUGGAGCCUGCGCUGCCACAAGCAGCAGCUCAGCCGCAUGCGCUCUGAAUCCAAGGAGAGGAAGCUCUACAAAUUUCUACUCCUCGAGAACGUAGUACAUCACUUCAGCUGCCCCUGCAUCCUGGACCUGAAGAUGGGCACGCGGCAGCACGGCGACGACGCCUCUGAGGAGAAGGCCGCUCGUCAGAUGAAGAAGUGUGAGCAGAGCACCUCUGCCACUCUGGGCGUGCGUGUGUGUGGGAUGCAGGUGUACCAGAUGGACACAGGCCACUAUCUGUGCCGCAACAAGUACUACGGCCGAGGUCUGUCAAUUGAGGGCUUCCGCCACGCGCUCUACCAGUUCAUGCACAAUGGUGCCGAUCUGCGCCGGGACCUUUUCGAGCCCAUCUUGAGCAAGCUGCGCAGCCUCAAAGCUGUGCUCGAGCGCCAAGCCUCCUACCGCUUCUACUCCAGCUCUCUGCUCAUCAUCUACGAAGGCAGGGAGCCCGAGCGGGCCGAGGCAUCCUCUGAGAAGGACACGGCAGGGUGCCAGUCUCUGCCCCUGGACCCGCCCCCUGCAAGCAUCGAUGUGCGCAUGAUAGACUUUGCCCACAGCACCUUCAAAGGGUUCCGGGAUGACCAGACGGUGCACGACGGGCCAGACCGAGGCUACAUGUUUGGACUAGAGAGCCUCAUCAACAUCCUCGAAGGGAUCCGCGAGGAGAACCAGUAGCCAAAACAUCUUUCACCUCUGAGUUUUUCUUAUGAACCCCACUUCCUCCCUCAUCCUCAGUUAUUUCUGUAUUGUCUCUAUGGUGGCAGUGACAAAACUGACAUUUCUGUAAAUGGUGACACAUUAAGACAAGCUGCAAGCAGGGAGACACGGCCUCUGCGUCUCAGCACUCAGAGCACGAGGGUAUUACGAAGCUUUUCAUGGGGUGGGAAUUGGAGGUGACCUCUGGCUGGGUCUUUGCUCGUGCCCCCCUUCAGAAAGGACAGAUAUGGUAGGAAUGGCUCCAUGAAGCAGGAGCUGGGAUCAUUUUGCGCGUCCUGUGGAUUCGUCGCCACCGUGUGGCCAUUUGAGGUUUUGCAGUCAGAUAAGAGUAAGCAGCCACAGCUCAGGGCAAGUCCAGGGUCAGGUCCUCUUUACAUUGUUGGGUUGGUGGAGGGCGCGUGCGUGUGUGUACACGUGUGUGUGUGGAGGAUAGUAAUGUUUGGGGAAUAAAUCCCUACUGCAGUAUUCCUACAGGGGCUCAGAAAAGGGAGCAGUUAUGAAAGCUUUACUGUAAAAUAAGGGUGGAAGGCUUACCAGCCCCCCUUGAUAAAAAUAAAAAGGUGAUUCUCACCUUGUACUAUCAAAUACCAUCCACAGCCUAGCUGUGCAAACAAAAUCCUGUUUGAGGUCACAUGCUUUUUAAUAUAUAUUUUUUUAUUUAAAAAAAAAAUAAUGUUAUCAUUUCUGCAGUUAUCCACUUCAGUUAGAGCCAGCCUUGCAUUUUGGCAUUUUAUUCAUUUAUUUUUUUGCUUUUUCUUUCUUUUUUUUUUUUUUUUUGUAUUGAAGUCCUUUCUUUUAUGGUUUAUGGUUUAUGGUAGUACUGCCAGUCCUAGGGUAGUCUGUGGGACAGUGUGUAUAUCCGUAGACACCUUCUUUUUCUCUUAUUUCUCUCAAAUAUGGUUAUGCUGAAAGAGAUCCUUCCUAUUUUUUGCACUGUAGAUUUGGAUUGUGUUCUAAAAACAUCCAGCAUGGUUCUUCAGUUCCUCCCUCCACCCUCUCCUGCCAUUUUAUUCCUGGUUUUAGGACUGUUUAUAAAUUAUUCACACAUUCAGAGUAAACUGUCCAUCAGCACAUGUAGCAACACAUUUAGAGACUCCACCUUCUCUUCCCAUUUUGCUCGUCGUGUCCCCUUUCUCGUCACCACUUGGUUAGGGUGUAGUGUGUGUGUAGAUGGAACUAUAGCCAUCGUAUUUUUUGGUGAUCAGUAGUUUCUUUUUCUUUUCUCUGGCACACCACAGACUCCCCUUUAUCUAGAUCGUUGUCUCUGUGUAACCUGAUGCAAUGCGUUGUCCUACACAUGCAUUACUGUAUUGAUAUUAUCAGUGUAGUAUUGCUGUGAUAUUGUGACCCUCGACCUUUAUAGCGGUGCCGCCUCUUUGUAUUGUAAUCGAGAGUCAAGAGUGGUCUUCACUACUGAGUCUAGACUAGAUUAGAUUAUUUGUCUUGCUCUGGAUGUCACAGGAAUGGCCACCAUUUCUGCUCCGUCCUCUCCUCUCGGAGUUGAGAAUGUACUCAGCAUUCUUUCUUUGUAUUUUCAUGCACAUCACCAUGUAAAGGGAAAUGCACACUGAAACUGUAAUCAGUUGUCCAAGCGCAAAGCAUAAAUACUGCGAGUGUGAUAAUAUAAUAAAACUGACCGUUUUGCUGUGCAGACACUUAAACUUAACAAAGAGCAGUAAGAAAAAAACAAACCAGGAUUUACAGACAAGUCUAGAGUUCUGUCCUGUUUGUGCUUUGUGAUCAUUGUUACAAAAUCUAGAUCAGCUCUCCGACACAUACAUGUGUGUAAAUACUUACCCAGGGUUUAUGUUUGUCCAGCCUUUCAGUGUUCGAGAGCUGACCAGGAUAUGAAAGUUUAAAAAGCGGUCAUAAAUCAUUACGCUGCUGCUUGAUGGGUGUGAUUCCUGGCUUCUUUAGUGUAACAGGAAGUCUGUUCUGUGCCAGGGCAGGAGAAAGAAACGCUCACACGACUAGCGGAAAAUUGAAGUUGCUGUCUUUCGUGUCGGGAAGAAAACAAAAACAGGUCUCCUCUGUGGUGGAUGUUCUUAGUCUCUCCAUAGAUGUGAGAUUGUACGAGUAGAGAAAAAAAAAAUUUGCUGAAAAAUUAUCCCCCAAAAAGUAUGUAUUCCUCCCUUUGUUGUUGUUGCAUGGAUGGAUAUUUUUUUAAGAAAAAAAAAUGACAUCUUUGAAUGUGAGUUAUAUAAAUCAUUUAUUUAAGAAAA